AUGCUUCACUUCCCAUGGGGUGUUGCAGUUUUCCUCCCGUUCCUUCUGGGCCAAACUCCCGACCCUCAUGAUCCUUGCUACAAUGCCAACCACCGCCCACAAUUCUGCCUGCCUGAGCUGUCUGAACUGGCAUCGGGCCGUCUGGUGGAAGCCUCCAGUACGUGCAAUGGUCCUCCCGGGCGAUUCUGCGCCUUUCGCGAUUCGAACGACCCAGCCUCCAAAUUCUGCCAAGGUUGCCAAGAACAUACCCACCGGUCAGAGCGUCUCACAGAUGGCGACGGGGAUACAACAUGUUGGUGGUCUCAGCCAACAGCCAAUGCCACGCUUAGCUUGGCUUUGGGCCGGCGGAUGGAAAUCCUUUAUGUGGCUCUGCGAUUCUGCUCCCCACGACCAGAAUCUUUGGCCAUUUACAAGUCCAUGGACUAUGGACGCAGUUGGAUGCCUUUUCAGUUCUUUUCCAGCCACUGCUGGCGGCGUUACCAUUUGCCCCCAACCACCACCAUUGUGAAAAGCAUGGAGCAUGAAGCAGUUUGCAUCGAGGCUCAAACAGCACUGAAGCCCCUCACAGGAGGGCUGGUGGCCUUCAUGCCUCUUGCCGGCCGCCCUUCGGCCCAGAGAUUUGAGUAUAGCCCCAUCCUCCACGACUGGGUGACCGCUACUGACCUCCGCAUGUCCUUUGACCGCAUGUACUCAGCCCGGAUUUUAGGGAUGCGCAGGAAAGAGGCCUCCUACGGAGUAGCUGAGCUGCAGGUUGGAGGCAGAUGUAAAUGCAAUGGACAUGCCUCACGGUGCACAGCUGGGAAAGAUGGAGGGGUGCCUCAGUGUGAUUGUCGGCACAACACAGCCGGCCCUGAAUGUGACACCUGCAAAACUUUCUACUGGGAUAGGCCCUGGCAACGGGCAACCCCCAAAGAUGCUCAUGAAUGUGUGGCCUGCAACUGCCACCGCCAUUCUCAUCGCUGCCGCUUCAGCAUGGAGCUUUUUGAACUUUCGGGGCGCCGGAGCGGGGGGAUCUGCUUGAAUUGUCGCCACCACACGGCCGGGCGCCACUGCCAGUAUUGCUCACCAGGCUUUAAGCGUGACUUCAGCCAUCCCAUCACCAGCCACAGAGCCUGCAAAGCAUGCCAAUGUCAUCCUAUUGGGGCUACUGGGGCCAUUUGCAACCAGACCACUGGGCAGUGCCAGUGCAAGAACGGAGUCACCGGCCUGAUCUGCAAUCGAUGUGCCCAGGGUUUCCAGCAAAGCCGCAGCGCUCACAUACCUUGCAUUCGAAUCCAGGAGGAGGUGACAACUACAGUUAUCCCACCACAGGAAUGGAAAGCAGGUGAGGGGGUAUCAGGUACUGAAUGUCAGAAACAUUGCACACCACCACAAAGACAAAGUGUCCACAUGAACUUGAAGAACUAUUGCAAGAAGGAUUACGGAACUCAAGACAGGUAA